AUGUAUCCAAGUUUUGUGCAGAUGCUGAUUGAUCAUGCAUAUCCGGAUAUUGAACGCGAUUUGAAUAGUGAUUUGUUAGUACUCUCACACAUGAGCAAUGAUUCUCUCAAGCAGCUUGCAAGAUAUCAUCCAAACCAUCCUGAACCAAAGAAAGUAGCUGAAUUCUUCGGAUUUAUCAAAGAUGCGAACUAUGUUGAUCCUGAUCCAGUUAAUCACCAAAACUGGAGAAAUGAAGAAGAGAUGAAGGAAGCAGCUUAUGCUGAUGCGCUAAAGGCUCUUGAAGAGUUCAAAACCACACGUAAUGACUGGUUUGCCAAAGAACCGAGGAAGAGAGGCAAAAAGACCAUCCCUAAAGCACAGGAGGGUGAGGGGUCAUCAUCGCAGCCAAAGAAGAAACUAAAGAAAGUGGCAAAGACUUUGUUGAUUGAUGAGCCUGAGGUUGAGGAACCGGCUGAAAAUGUUGAAGAAAAUCCAUAUGCUGAUAUUGAAGAAGUGAUAUUAUACCUUGGUGAUUUGGAGGUAGAGCAAGCAGCUAGCAAAGAAGCUGAGAAAGAGAAAGUUAUUGUUGAUGUCGAAGGUGAUGAUGUUAAUAAAAGUACUACAAGCUCUUCGAGUUCUUCGGAAGAUGAAAUAGAUGAAACUGAAUGUUUAAGAAGAAUUCAAGAAGCGACAGAGAAAGAGAAACAAUUGAGAAAAAGGAAGAGACAGGAGAAAGAUGAUGCUGCAUACAUUCCAUCUCUUGAGCAUGUUUCUGAAUCCAAAUCACCUUCAAGUGGUAGAAAGAAAGUAGGAGCAAGAAAAAGGAUUGUAUCUCCGAAAAUAAAGAAAGUUACUCCGAAGAUUACAAAGCCGAAGAUUAUUCUGAAGAAGAAACCAUCCAAACAACCAAGUAAACCACCAACACCACCACCUGAACCUACACCACAUCAAUCACCAAUACAAUCACCACCACAUCAAACACCUCCACGACAACCUUCUCCACCAAAACAACCAACACCACCUAGACAACCAUCACCAUUCCAUCUUUCACCACUACAUAUCUCACCACCACAACAACAAACCUUAUUCAUAUCUCAAGAAAUCUUCAAAACACCACCACCCACUCAAAUUUAA